AUGUCGUCGCUGCUCAACACUGCUUUGCAAUCCCGACGGCGGUCUCCUGUCAACAGCCGACCUGUCCGCGGCCUACCUGUCUAUAGCCAACCGGCCCACCUGUCCACAACCGACCCGUCAUCAGCUGACCGGCCACCGGCCCACCUGUCUACAGCCGACCCGUCAGCCCACCGGCCCACCUGUCUACACCCGACCAGUCAUCAGCCGACCAGCCACCGGCCCUCCUGCCAACAACCGACCCGUCAGCCCACCGGCCCACCUGUCUACAGCCGACCAGUCAUCAGCCGACCAGCCACCGGCCCUCCUUCCAACAACCGACCCGUCAGCCGACCAGCCACCGGCCCUCCUGCCAACAACCAACCCAUCAGCCGACCGGCCACUGGCCCACCUGUUUACAGCCGACCCGUCAGCCCACCGGCCACCGGCCCACCUCUCUACAGCCAACCAGUCAUCAGCCGACCGGCCACCGGCCCUCCUGCCAACAUCCGACCCGUCAGCCGACCGGCCACCGGCCCACCUGUUUCCAGCCAACUGGUCAACCACAUACCUGAGGAUCCCUGCCGACCUGUCCACGGCCUACCUGUCUAUAGCCAACCGGCCCACCUGUCAACAAUCGACCCAUCACCAGCGGACCGGCCACCGGCCCACCUGUCCACAACUGACCCGUCAUCAGCUGACCGGCCACCGGCCCACCUGUCUACAGCCGACCCGUCAGCCCACCGGCCACCAGCCCACCUGUCUACAGCCGACCAGUCAUCAGCCGACCAGCCACCGGCCCUCCUGCCAACAACCGACCCGUCAGCCCACCGGCCCACCUGUCUACAGCCGACCAGUCAUCAGCCGACCAGCCACCGGCCCUCCUGCCAACAACCGACCCGUCAGCCCACCGGCCCACCUGUCUACAGCCGACCAGUCAUCAGCCGACCAGCCACCGGCCCUCCUUCCAACAACCGACCCGUCAGCCGACCAGCCACCGGCCCUCCUGCCAACAACCAACCCAUCAGCCGACCGGCCACCGGCCCACCUGUUUACAGCCGACCCGUCAGCCCACCGGCCACCGGCCCACCUGUCUACAGCCAACCAGUCAUCAGCCGACCGGCCACCGGCCCUCCUGCCAACAUCCGACCCGUCAGCCGACCGGCCACCGGCCCACCUGUUUCCAGCCAACUGGAUGAUGUGGAUCCUCCGGUCGCUGUUGUGGUUUACGCUCGGCUGCCUUCUGGUGUCCUGUCAACAGCCGACCUGUCCGCGGCCUACCUGUCUAUAGCCAACCGGCCCACCUGUCAACAAUCGACCCAUCACCAGCGGACCGGCCACCGGCCCACCUGUCCACAACCGACCCGUCAUCAGCUGACCGGCCACCGGCCCACCUGUCUACAGCCGACCCGUCAGCCCACCGGCCACCAGCCCACCUGUCUACAGCCGACCAGUCAUCAGCCGACCAGCCACCGGCCCUCCUGCCAACAACCGACCCGUCAGCCCACCGGCCCACCUGUCUACAGCCGACCAGUCAUCAGCCGACCAGCCACCGGCCCUCCUGCCAACAACCGACCCGUCAGCCGACCAGCCACCGGCCCUCCUGCCAACAACCAACCCAUCAGCCGACCGGCCACCGGCCCACCUGUUUCCAGCCAACUGGUCAACCACAUACCUGAGGAUCCCUGGCCCUCGAGCCCUUCUUCCGUAUAG